AUGGACUUAUCUUCAGAAGCAUUUAUAACAGAAGAAAAUAUUUUGUCUUUAAACAAGCAUGCCCUAGAUAAUUUAAAUAAUCCACACAUAGCGUUAUCAGAUCUCCAAAGUGCAGAAAGAAUUUUAUUUGAAAGUGCCCCAGAGAAAUUUAAAAAUCGAUUAAUGCUGAUGGCUUUGACAUUUAAUAAUCUCGCAUGCUACUACAAAAGAAUGAAUCAGCCAAACGUAGCGUUAUUAUAUUUGAAUCAAGUAGCCAAGCUGGAAUAUCAGACUUUAUCUAAUCCUUUUGAUAUUGCGUCCACGCAGCUUAACUUAUGUGCAAUAAAUUCUCAAUUAGGAAAGCAUGCAUCUGCACUUGAAAAUGCAAAACGUGCAUUGAGUCUAUUUAAUCAAAUUGAUGAAAAUGAGCUGAAUAGUAGCCAAAUUACAAAGAUUGUAGCUGCGUAUUAUAACGCUGGGAUUGAGUUUGAGUUUAUGUAUAGCACCUGCAUUUUAAUAGAUUAUUAUUGGUAAUUCAUUUAAUUGUUAAAAUAAAUUUGUACUCGCCAAUUUUCGAGAUUAAAAAAAUAAAUGAAAAAUAUCCGUUUAUGGGUUUAAGAUACAAAUCAGACUAGACUUUAUAAACCAAGUGCCUUAAACUUAUUUUCGGCAUGCUGCUUAGCCAUAGUGAUCUAUUAUAGUGUAUAAGCUAUAUGAUAUUAACCAAGCUUAUGAGUAUAUGGAAAAAGGCUAUGAGUUAGCCAAAAAACAUUUGGAUUUAAGACACCCUUUAGUGAGAAAUAUAUAUAAAAGCUUGAAUGAGCUCAAAGAAAGAAGAGAUAGAUUUAAAUUAUUGGUAAUUGAAAGAAGGAAUGUAAGAAAAAUCCAAAGAAUGGAGUCAAAAAGUAUAAGCCCAGCAAUGAGUAUUAGGUACGAGGAAACAUCAAAAAGUUCAACUUCAAAAAUGAAUUUCGCUUCGUUUGGGCAGUCAAUGGUGACACCAAAGUAUAACCCACUAAAGCUCCCUAUUUCAAUGACUAUGAGGCAUGAUAGGCUGAUGAAAAGAGAUAUUUCUGCUGGAUUAAAAAUUUAUCUUAUGGAAAAAGAUCCUAAAAGCAAGCCACUGCCAAAUCAAUAG